CUUUCUUAUUUUGCUUUAAGGAUGAUUUUCUUUAAAAAUCAAAAUCUAAUCAACGUUGUUUAAUAUGUAACAAAACUCUUACCCAACAGUGCAGUUUCAUUCGAGGGUCAAAAUUCACCAUGGUUAUGGAGGUUUUCAUCUUUUUACAGCCUUUUUAUCCCCCGGUGUUUGCUCCCUGCCCCCAACACUAUCACUGCUAUAUAAAGAGCUCACCUUCCUGGAAGGCUUUGUCUGGACCAGCGCCACCCACUGAAGACAGCCAAGAUGAAAAUCAGGGACAUGACAUUCAAGGAGGGCCAGGAGCUCAAGAUCCGGGUCAAGCCUAAAGAUGGCUGCAGCUGCUUCUCCAUCAACAUCGGUCACAACGCAGAAAACAUCGCAAUGCACUUCAACCCCCGUUUUGACUACGGUGGCGACAACAACACCAUUGUCUUCAACACCCUGUCUGGGGGCUGCUGGGGCGAGGAGCUGCGUGAGUCCAACUUCCCCUUCCAGCAGGGAGAAGAAUGCAAGUUUCACAUCACCUUCAACAAUGAGCAGUUCUACAUCAGACUUCCCGACGGCUCCAUGAUUAACUUCCCCAACCGUCUGGGAGACGUCAAGUACCAACACUUUGACGUCAGCGGUGACGCCAGAAUUAUUGGCAUCAAGGUCAAAUAAACCUAGGCCUUCUCUUGACCUCUUCAACUUCUGACCUGUUGAAAUUGUCAGUCAAAAAUUCACCCUUUCUAACGUCGGGACAGAAGACACACCUGCGUUACAGUCUGACAGUUGUAAUCAUAGAAAAUGGACCGAAGAGGGCGCCAGAAUCAACUCUGUUAAGCGCGUGGUUUUUGUCGACAUUUCAAUGAUCACUGGGUUUGUCAAUAAAUGCUGUGAAAAAAGA